AGUUCGAAGAAACGAGAGAACAGAACAGAACAGAGACAGAAGAGAAGAGAGAAGAAGAAAAAGAAGAAGUGCUGUAUUGCAUUUGAUCGAAGAAAUCGAAGAUGGGUGGAGGAAUGGAAACCAACAAGAACAAGUUUAUUGAAGAUUGGGCAUCUGCCAGAGAGAAUCUCGAGGUCAAUUUCCGCUGGACUCGCCGGAACCUCCUCCUUGUCGGCAUCUUCGGCAUCGCCGUUCCCGUCCUUGUCUACAAAGGCAUCGUCCGUGAAUUCCAUAUGCAAGAUGAAGAUGCUGGUCGACCCUACAGGAAGUUCCUUUGAGAGUGUAUGGAAGAUGCUUUGUAAUAAUUGGAAAGGUUAGACCUUAAAAAUGAGGCUACAACAUGUUCUUUUUCUCAACUCGUUAAGGGUUGUUUGUUUAAGUACUGUAGACCUAUCAAACAGUCUUCGUUUGACUGUGUUUAUUGAGAUUUCUGUGAUGUUAACUUGUUUCUGUGGUUCAAAAUUAAUAAGAUUUGUCAACAAAAAAGCUUGAGUUUGAGAAAA